AUAGACGUAACGGGCCUUGCUCACUUGCAGUGAAUGAAAUCACGUACGCGCAUGAAAGGCGGGUUUUCUUUCGGUAUAAAAGACUAGGUCCAACACACACACCGGCAGCAGUCAGCAGUUUCAUAAGCUCCAUCGUCUGGAGAGCAACAUAACAGAAGACAACCGCACAAUCAUGAAAACCGUGAUUGCCUUGGCGUGCCUGGCGAUAGUGGUGGCACUAGCCGGUGCCGUUGAGGAAAACCAGCCAUCCGUAGAGGGAGUCCAACCAGUUGCUGUAGUCGCUGAUCAAGACGUUGCCGAGCAACGUUAUGGUGGAUACGGAGGUGGACACCACGGAGGGUACGGAGGGGGACACCAAGGAGGGUACGGAGGUGGACACCACGGAGGGUACGGAGGUGGACACCACGGAGGGUACGGAGGGGGACACCACGGAGGGUACGGAGGUGGAAACCAUGGAGGGUACGGCGGUGGACACCACGGUGGAUACGGAGGCGGGCAUGGACAUGGUGGAUGGGGACGCAAACGCAGAUCUGUCGAAGAAAUCCAGUCAAUUGCCGAUCAAGAAGCCGCUGAGCAACGCUACGGUGGAUAUGGAGGUGGACAUCACGGUGGAUAUGGAGGCGGACACCACGGUGGGUAUGGAGGCGGAAACCACGGUGGGUAUGGAGGCGGAAACCAUGGUGGGCACCAAGGUGGAUACGGAGGCGGGCACCAAGGUGGAUACGGAGGCGGGCACGGUCAUGGACAUGGCGGAUGGGGACGCAAACGCAGAUCCGUUGAAGAAAUCCAGUCAGCCGUAGAGGUCGUCCAGCCGGUUGUUGAGACUGCAGAUCAGGAAGCCGCUGAGCAACGCUACGGUGGAUAUGGAGGUGGACAUGGAGGUGGAUAUGGAGGUGGCCAUCACGGUGGGUACGGAGGUGGACAACACCACCACGGAGGCUAUGGUGGUGGACACCAUGGCGGUUAUGGAGGCGGACAUCACAGCGGAUUUGGGGGUGGACAUGGACACUACCACGGUUAAUUUUCUACUCAUUUCUUUUGUGCCUUAAACCUGAAACUUGUUGCUCGCGUGAUACUCUACUUCGGGAUUCAUGUUCGUACGACGCUUACAUUGAUAUACAGUAUGCUCCACGUUGAAGAGGAUUUGAUUAAACGAAAAUGUGUCAAUUGUA